CUAGUCCUUUAGUCGUGCUUGGCACACUUUCGAAAGAAUGUGAAACUGCGCUUUGCGGAAUUUCAGAUUUGUCCACGCAACGACAAUUCUUCAUCGUCAAUCUCACCAAUUCCCAAGAGACACCUCAAGUCCUCGUUUUCACGACUUGAGAAUCUCGAACCUUCAAUACCGCCAAAAUGGUCCGAACCUCCGUCCUUAACGAUGCCCUCAAGAGCAUCAACAAUGCCGAGAAGGCCGGCAAGCGUCAAGUCAUGAUUCGACCCAGCUCCAAGGUCAUCAUCAAAUUCUUGUCUGUCAUGCAAAAGCACGGCUACAUUGGCGAAUUCGAGGAAGUUGACGACCAUCGCAAUGGCAAGAUUGUCAUCCAGCUCAACGGACGUCUCAACAAGACCGGUGUCAUCUCUCCCCGCUACAACGUUCAACUUCGAGAUCUCGAGAAGUGGGUUGUCAAGCUGUUGCCUUCUCGUCAAUUUGGCUACAUUGUCCUUACGACCAGCGCUGGUAUUAUGGACCACGAGGAGGCUCGACGAAAGCAUGUUGCUGGAAAGGUCAUUGGCUUCUUCUACUAGACAUUGCAUCUUGUGAUAUGUUCUGCAUGAUGGCAUGAGCGUGGGAAUGAUACCCGAAAAGUUGACUUGAAUUUCCAGCCCUUCUAAGAGCUUGGACAACGUGCCGCCUUAGGUAGAUAUGGAGGCAGAAGUCGUCAAAUGAAAUGAUCUGUCAAAACUA